AUGGCGGGCCGAGCACAGCAGAAGAAGCACAAGCGGUCGGUGUUGGUCGACGGCGACGAGAUGGCGGCCGGGCAGCAGCAGAAGGAGGUGUGGCUCCUCCAGAGCCAGCUGGCCGAGGGGCUCCUGGCCGGGCUCGCCGAGGAGGACAUCUUCGAGGCCCAGGCCCUGCUCGCCUCGGUGCACCAGAACCGAUACCAGGCCGAGGCCGAGCAGCUAUCAACGCUCGCGGAGCGUCAUCUUCAUCAAAAGAGCAAGCACAGGUCGGGCGUGAGCUCGCUCGGCGGAGGCGGAGGCGGCGGGAAGAGGAGCAAGGACGAGAUCAAGAAGGAGGCGCGAGCGGAAGAGGCGCUGGAGAAGAUGAAGCGGCAAGCUGCACGGAAGAGCGGAGUGGAGAAGGAGGAGCAGGAGAAGCGAACGCGACAACUUGAAGCCCUCCGGAAGUGGAAACUCAAGUCCGGGACUGUAGUUCUCCGGGAUGUGUAA